AUGUCGGAUAGUAAGGAGCUGGACCACUCAUGGUUCAAGCGCGCGGAGCUCUUCGUACCUCAGUGGGUGAUGGGAUACGCCAUAGAGACCCAACGCGUAUCGCGCUGGUCUUGGGUGCAGCACGAACACCUCCAAACAUGGCGGGACACAGAGGACUCGAAUUUCCAGAUCAUUUCUAUCGACGUCGAUGAUGCUGUAGUGGAGGAUCAUGAAGUGCGGAGUUUCCAGAUUGGCAUCUCUAUCCUUGAUACCGAGCGUCUUGGAGAUGUGUUGGCUGAGCCUCCUAAGCCUGAUGUCAACCUGGCUGCGAGGGUUGUGCAGUCUCAUCAUUGGAUCGUUGGGGAUGAAGAAUACUCUCCCGAGUUUGAGGAUAUGUUCCGUUUUGGAAGAAUGAGGUACGUUCGGAUGGAGGAGUUCCGGAGGGAAAUCACGGACAUCAUCCAGAACUGGAAUUUCUUCCUCAUCACCCAUGGGCCAGACGAAAGUCUCUCGUUCUUGAGAAGCUGUGGCGUAUAUCUCCGUGCUCUCGAAACUAUCAACACUGCCCAGGCUGUUCAGGAAGUCCUCCUUCUCCCCUUUGAUAAAGUGGUGAGCAAGGACCAGUUGGUUAGAGAAAUUGGAGGCCCAUGUGAAGAUCCUUGCUUAGCUGGAAACGCGGCACAUUUUACUCUCCGUAUUCUUCUCAUGCUUAUUUAUGGAGACGUGGACCGACAUCUUCAUCGCGUUGGUGUCCCUAUGGAUCAGUGGUCUCUGCUUUUGAAGAGGAUUGUUGAUUCACCACCCAAGAAGCGAAAGUUGAGAAGGAUGAAGAGGUCGCCUCCUGCAGAUUCUUCAGAACAAAGUAGCAAGCGAGGCAAUAUCAUGGACUCCUCCACCACUUCUUCCCCGUUGUCAUCUCCGCCUUCUACAGAACAAAGUAGCGAGCGAGGCGACAUCGAGGACUCUCCCACCAACUCUACUCGGUUUUCGUCUCCGCCUACAGAACAAACUGAUGGGAAAUCCAAUAACGAGGUCUCCCCCGCAGAAGAUAUUCAGUCGUCGCCUGCAUCGAGUCCAGAAUAG